CAGCAGCACAGCAUCCAGCCAGUCUCCUGCUCUGCCUGUUAAUGACCAGCUCCUUUAGAUCCUAUGGUUUCAGCCUUCCCAAAGAGCGACUGAACUGGGGGGAAAACGCCACCAAAUCUCCCCUGCUAGCUGACUUCCAUUCAAGUUUCAUUAAGCUUCCAUAGAUGGCUAACAGGGGACCAAGUUAUGGUUUAAGCCGGGAGGUGCAGGAAAAGAUCGAACAGAAGUAUGAUCAGGACUUGGAGAAUAGACUAGUGGACUGGAUUAUUCUGCAGUGUGGAGAGGACUUAGAGCACCCAUCCCCUGGCCGGACCAAUUUUCAGAACUGGUUAAUGGAUGGAACGGUGCUGUGCAAGUUGAUAAAUAGUUUACAUCCAACAGGACAAGAGCCAAUUCCAAAGAUCUCAGAGUCAAAAAUGGCUUUCAAGCAGAUGGAGCAAAUCUCUCAAUUUUUAAAGGCUGCUGAAAUCUAUGGAGUCAGGACCACAGAUAUUUUUCAGACUGUGGAUCUAUGGGAAGGGAAGGACAUGGCUGCUGUGCAGAGGACCUUGAUGGCACUGGGCAGCUUAGCUGUGACAAAGGAUGAUGGCUGCUACAGAGGAGAACCAUCAUGGUUUCACAGGAAAGCUCAGCAGAAUCGGAGAGGGUUUUCUGAAGAGCAGCUUCGCCAAGGACAGAAUGUAAUAGGCCUACAGAUGGGCAGCAACAAAGGAGCAUCUCAGUCUGGGAUGACUGGGUAUGGGAUGCCCCGGCAGAUCAUGUAAAACCCUCGGUUCCUCUUCCCCUGUAGAGAGGAUGAAAGGUUCACAGCACGAUCUCUGUUAAAAAAAGAAAAAAAGAAGACGUAGUUAGUCACCUUCCAAUCUGUUCCUCUUCUUCCUCAAAACCUCUUUCCCUUUAUUGGUUUUUGCAAAUGCUGCGUUUCUGCUGAGAAUCCAUAUUUCAAAUCGCUGCCACCUAGUGUUCAUUUCUGAACUAUGCAAAGAUGUCCCUGCUUCUCCUGGGAGCACUCCCCUACCCGUACUUUCCUCUCCAGUACUUUAUUUAUUUGGUUGUCUA